CGGCAUUGGCGUUGGACAUUAGGCGGCCCAGGGUUGUGUGGGCGCGCCGGGAAGCUAUGUGGUGACAUACGGGAUGUAUGCUGGAUGAUGAGAACUCGCUGAUGUGACAUAUUAAGGUUCUCCUAACGGAUUACCUAAGGUGCCUACCUUCAGAGGUAAGGACCAAGCUGGUUGACGAAGCCUAUGUUGAACAGCACACCUUCGCUUCUUUUAGUAAAAAAGCUCUGGACAUCGAGGCAAAGUUAGGAUCUGUGCAUCAGGCACCCAACGAUGGUAGGAAGAGACUGCCCCAGGAUUGGAAGAAAAAGGGUCAGUUAAUGUUCGCUGACCACGAUGGUCAAACGACGGAGAUUGACGACUACUCGGAUCUUGGGGAGUUCAUAGAGCAUGAUGGGGGUGGUGAGACUUCAGAUGGUGGAGUCGUGGCCCCCAUUAAGGAAAGGGCUAGGGGGACCGGGAAGAAGAAGGUAGUACGGUCCACGGGUCAGGGCGACCAAGGGACACCCGCAUGGGUGAAGAUUGGUUUAGACUACGAGGUGUGGCGUGACCUCGUUGCUAGGGGUACAUGCAUGAACUGUGGCAACUAUGGCCACACGUCCAGGACUUACCGCGAGUUAGAUGAGCUUCGCCGCCAGCUCAAGGAGCUCACAGAGAAGGGAUGGAUACGGCCUAGUACCUCCCCUUACGGUGCGCMAGUCUUAUUUGUUCCUAAGAAGGGAGGUCCAUUAAGGAUGUGCAUUGACUAUAGGGGCCUCAAUGCCAUCACCGUUAAGAACGCGGAGCCCCUACCCCGCAUUGACGACCUCUUGGAUAGAGUGCAGGGAUGUCGGUACUUCACAAAGAUAGAUUUGAAGUCCGGAUACCAUCAAAUUGUCGUUAGACCUGAGGGCCAACACAAAACCGCAUUUCAGACCAGGUACGGUCUCUACGAGUUUGUGGUAAUGCCCUUUGGCCUAUGCAAUGCACCUGGUACGUUCCAGCACGCGAUGAACCGGAUCUUUCAUGACUACUUGGACAAGUUUAUCGUCGUGUACCUCGACGAUAUCCUCAUCUUUAGUAGGACUGUAGAGGAGCACGCUGAGCACUUGAAAACAGUGCUAGGUCUCCUUAGACAGCACCAAUACAAAGUGAAUUUGGAUAAAUGUGAGUUUGGUCGCACCAAGAUCUUGUACCUGGGUCAUGAAAUUUCAGCAGAUGGAUUGAGGCCGGAAGAUGCGAAGGUGGCCAGCAUACGUGACUGGCCCAGACCUCAGACGGUUACUGAGGUCAGAUCGUUUUUGGGGAUGACGGACUAUUAUCGUCCGUUUGUGAAGAACUAUAGUACUAUAGCUUCCCCAUUAACAGAUCUAACUCGACUUGACACCCCUUGGGAGUGGACUGAAGAGUGUGAGGCAAGCUUCAAGGAAUUGAAGUAUGAUCUGACGCACUAUGAAGUUCUCAAACUUCCUGAUCUUGACAAGCCAUUCGUUGUGACCACAGACGCUAGCCAAUACGGCAUAGGCGCGGUCCUUGCGCAACAGGAAGGGCCCAAGUUGAGGCCGAUCGAGUACAUGAGCAAGAAGAUGCCAUCUCAGAAGUUGGCCAAGUCCACUUAUGAGAGAGAGUUCUACGCCCUAUACAGAGCGCUAGUCCAUUGGAGACACUACCUCCUAGGAAGAUUCUUCUAUGUGAGGUCUGACCAUGAGACUUUGCGCUGGAUAAAGACACAACCUGUGUUGUCAGACGCACCCAAGAGAUGGAUUCAAGUGAUAGACAUGUAUGACUAUCAACUUGAUCCUAUCAAGGGUACCUACAACAAGGUGGCUGAUGCGCUAUGAAGAAGGGCAGAUUAUCUAGGCGCGCUAGUAACUGAGUUUGGCAUAUCUAAUGACCUCACUCGA